CGUUUACACUCAGCGCUGAUUCAGACCCACACCGUAACGUUAGUAAUAAACGCCGGUUAUAUUUGUUGCUGUCGCCCCACCCAACUAUACACAGCGCGCUUUCAAACAAACCAACCAACAUAUCCACAGAAACCGCCAUCAUUAGCAACUCUACACGCUAUUAAACCCGCUAAAUCAGGCGUUUUGUCCGCGUUAAACGCCGAGUGAGUGAAGACGCGUCGUCAGGUGCUGCAGCGUCCAUAAACGCCCACCUAGAAGAGCACCAGACGGAGCUGCGCGACAUCCGAGAUGGCAAAAGCAGACCAGCGCUUUGGUCAGAGAGAUGGAUCUGAUCAAAACUUCGACUACAUGUUCAAACUCCUGAUCAUCGGCAACAGCAGCGUAGGAAAAACCAGCUUCUUAUUCCGAUACGCAGACGACUCCUUCAGCAGCUCGUUUGUCAGCACAGUCGGCAUCGACUUCAAGGUGAAGACGGUGUACAGAAACGACAAGCGAGUGAAGCUCCAGAUAUGGGAUACGGCGGGACAGGAGCGGUAUAGAACUAUUACCACAGCUUACUAUAGAGGAGCCAUGGGCUUCAUCCUCAUGUAUGACAUCACUAAUGAGGAGUCCUAUAAUGCGGUGCAGGACUGGGCAACACAAAUUAAGACUUAUUCAUGGGAUAACGCUCAGGUGAUACUAGUGGGAAACAAAUGUGACAUGGAUGAGGAGAGGGUGGUGCCUUUUGAGAAGGGAAAACACUUGGCUGACCAGUUAGGGUUUGAGUACUAUGAAGCCAGCGCCAAAGAGAACAUCAACGUCAGACAAGUAUUUGAACGCUUAGUCGACAUUAUCUGCGUGAAGAUGUCAGAGAGAGUUGAUGUGGAACCACCCAUGGUCACUGGUGCCAAAACCACCCGGCUAACCGAUAAGCCACCCCAACUACCUCAGAAUUGUUGCUGAUUUUGAUCUCUACUUAUGCCAACCUUUUAGCAGCAGAUCAAAUGUUGUUUGGUUUGAUGUUAUGUUGUAAGGCAAUCAGAACCAACCUGAGGUGUGUUUCCUGUACUAAGCAUAACUUGGUGGUUAACCACUAUACUGCGAUGCAUCGUUAGCUAGUUUCCUGAAACUGCAGUAAUAUGUUUUUAUUUUUUGUUAUAGCUUUAAACUAGCGUACCAUAUUGUACCAUGUCUUUAGCCCCUUUCACACAGUUACACUGUUAAUGGCCAUAAAAUUACCGAAAUGACUUUACCUUUACAUUCAAAUACUCGCUGUUCACACACAGCAGAAUUGCAGAAAUUUACUAGUAAUGUUAAAUCUUUUCAUCCUAGAAAAUUGUCAGAACUGAAUUUCUGAUAUUUGUUAACAAAGGGCCUGUUUGCAUAUGAUCAAUUUACCAAUAAUUUUGUGGAAGUGUCUGUAUGUGUAAAAGGGGCUACUUCCAUAUCAUACCUUCCUCCUUCUCGUCUAUGUCUUUCACACCUCUAUUACUUUAUCGCACCUCCACCAUUGACAACUUUCUUUCUUGACAAACCUUUUUGUUUUUGUUGGGACGGAAUGGUUGUCCUACCUCCAACAUUGUAGCACCUCCUUCUUGGACAUUUCUCUGUGUGAGCUGACCAACUGGAAGUACAUCAACUCUGUUCAUUGUUGCACAUUCUUUCUUGACAUCCAACUCUAUCAUUGAUGUGCCUCCUUCUUUUGACCUGCCUCUAUUGUUUUGAAUCUUCAUCAGUGCUGUACAUCCUUUGCUGGUGCACAUCCAUGCAUCAUCGUUGUAUCUACAACAUAUCCGUCUUUGUCACACCUCCAGCAUCUCCAUUGUUGUUUCACCUACUUCCAUCACUUCUCAGUCAUUGGUGCACCCCCUUUUAUUGUUCUUUCAUUGUUCACCCAAGGAUGUGGUAGGUCAGGGGGACAGAGUUCAUGGAGCCCAGAAGCUUGAAGAGAUCCACAGUGAAGUCUGGUCGGGCCCAAAUUGCAAUUUUGAGGGGGACACUAUCACCCCAGCUUCCACCCCCACCUGUCAAAUGUUUUGUCACACAUCCUUGUUGUUGUCAUCUCCAUUGUUUUUGGGUUGCACCUAUGCUCCAACAAUGUUGUACCUUUUUAGUUAACAGCCCUAAGAGGUGUGGUACUUGCAGGGGAAAGAGUCACAGAGUUCAUAGGACACAGAGUCUUGAAGAGGUCCCUAGGAAGGUGGGUCUCGAAUUGCAAUUUUAAGGGGAGACUAAACCUGCCUCCCUCCACCUCAACCUGUCAUUUUUUUUUGUCACACAUCCUUGUCUCAUCUUUGCCUUUGUCACCUCUUUCAUUGUUGGUUUGGACUUUUGCACCAGCAAUGUCGUACCUUUGUUGUUAACACUUCCAGGGGCGUAGUACUUAAGGGAAAGGGGGACUCAGGCCGUACUCACACUAUGUACAGUUGCCUUGAACCGGGCCAAAGCAAGCUUGUCCCCCUCCUGUCUCCCCCGAUGGCCUGCACUCACAUUACAAUUGGGCCUGGGCACACUAACGUCAUUGAUGCUGGGCUGUUCAGUAAGCGCUCUCAUUCAGCACAGUGGAGAUUUCUCUAGUUAUAUCGCUUUAGUCCUUAGGGAAUCGGUGACACGCAGUCGGAUAUUUCACAGAACAGAUCAGCCACUUUUGACGCUCAUAAACAAUCAUAAAGUUUUGCACUCACACACAAGCGUACUAUGCCAAAGCCCAAUUGAACAGCGUUCAGCGCACUCACACUUCUCAAACGAUCCGGGAAACAGUAGGCCCUAAGUAGUCCAUAGGGUCUAGAGGCUUGAUGGGGUCCACAGUAAAGUCUGGGGAAACUAGAACAUGAUAUUUACCCACCACCAAAGCAUUUUCCCAAGCAAAAUCCUGUGCACAGUGUUACGCAUUCCUAGCAACUCCACUGGAUGUAUCUGUCUGUCUUUGUCACAACGCUUUUAUUGUCAUCAUUUUGUCCUUGUUGCACCUUCGCCAUUGUAUAAUGUCUAUCGACGUUUGACCACCAUUAUUUUCGCACCCCCAUUAUUAUGGACAGAAAGUACAUAUGGAACUGAGAGACCCACUGAGGGAACCCCCCCACCCCCACCCCCCCAAAAAAAAGUAGAGCUAUAUAUUUAAAGGUGCUUUCACACUUGCACACACCCGGGUUCGCUUGACGUCAGAGUACGGUACUUUUAGCUAGUGUGAACACUGUCUUCUGAACUCUGGUGUGCACCCAUAAACUGUACCCGAGUCCACCUGAAAGAGGUGGUCUGGGGUAUGGUUUGUGCAAACUCUAGUACGGUUUAUUUCUGUUAUGAAUGCAAUCGUACCAAAUGAUGGAGGUCAACCGCCAACUAUACAACAAACUUUAGUUUUCAUAACGUUCAUUCGUGUGUGUAUGUUUUGCAUCACCUAUCUUGGUGACAAGCAGGACUGACCCAGUGCAAACAGUGAUAAUGUCUGCUUGUCCCCACCAAAACAACUUGUACAGACAUCGCGUGAUGUUCUGAAAGUUGUUAAUAUUGUUUUGCAGCAGAUAGAUGCCAGUGGCUCUCUGCAUUUUGUUUUUGUAUUUUUCAAAACUAAAAGAUUCAGCAAAGGCAGAAGGUGUACAUCAUCGUUUUGUCGUUUGCCUUUCAUGGCCAUCACCUUGCAACAGCUGUACACAAAAGAGCCACUUGAUGACGCAAGCGUACUGGGUUCAGAGGGAAAAAAGAGUGUGAAAGCACCCUAAAUGUCAAGAAGUUCUUCAAACAACAGGUUCCAGCUACCCAGUUCGCAUUGCUCGUGAAUGAAACUAUAGUUUCAUGAAACACCAAAUCAUUGGACUGUGUUCAUAAUGACAGAACUUAUUUUUAGCUAACGAUGCUUUCAGGAAACACACCCCUGUUUGUUUGUAGCUGUCACGCGUGUAGUUCAGUAAUAAUAGUAGACUUUUAACCUAAUCAGUCCAUAGAAAACUCAACGCAGGGACUAGAGCAAAGCACAAAAUCUACUACUUGGCUCUCAGAACUUCAGUGUUCACUGCCGAAACUAGAUCUGUUGUGGCACAAUCUUGCUAAUCUAAUAUAUUUAAUGUAGUAUAUAAAUACUUUAAUGGAGGUGAAAUAGUGGAUAUUCUGUUAAAAGGCACAAAAACAAACUCAGACUUUUGCAAAAUUGCCAUUAUGCAAAAAUUCGAGUUUUCAGGGUGGUUUCGAUGCUCUGAUUGGGAUUCGGAUCAGAAGCAGAUGCACAAUGUAUGUUGGACUCCAUCUAUUUUGGGAACGUUUUGAGAAUAUGAGCACUUGUUUUGAGCUAGCUUUAUGUUAAGAGAGGAAAAAUGUGACAUUUAGUAAAUUAGCAAAUUAAAAAAACAACAUUAUUAAACUCGUGUUGAACUUAGUAUUGCCAGAAACCACAUGUAACAGUUGUGUGUAAUAAUAGACUGAACACAAUCAGCACAUUUCAUAGUCAGGUGACGUUCGGUUUGUUACGAAAGUUAUAAUUAUGCUUCAAAUCCUCAAGCAGAAGGUUAAGAUAUAUUGUGAAUUCGUGCCAGGGUGUCUUUAUAUUUCAGAAAAUUGUAGCAAAUCCCUGUUGGUUCGUGUAUGUAUAAUCUACUUUGGAUUUUUAUCAAGUGACGUAUGAGUGUUUUAUGUAACUAUAAUCAAAAUUAUUGCAAAUGAGAUAUUUUUCAUUCCGAUGUUUUAGGCAAUUUUUUGGUUUCAUCAGUAGAUCUUUAUUUUUAUGCUGCUGGAAUAUAUAGGUGUAAGUUUGCUGUCAGUGUAUUUUGAUUUGUAGACAAUAUGCACUGGGGCGUACAGUGAUUGUACAGUUGUGAAUGUUACUUUUAGAUGCAAUUUGUAACAAUAAAAGCACAAAUCACAUAAUAAUACUAA